AUGUCCGCUCGCCGCGUCUCUGGCUCUUCUGCUGCUGCUGGUGCCUCUCGCCCAACCUUCUCGCCUGGCUGUCUUGUAUCUCGCGAGAUCGAAACUCCUCUUACUGAAGCUAGUGCUCAGAUUCGUCUUGCUACGUCCCGUUUAGACGAUGCUGCUUCUGCCCUGCGCUUGCCCGGUGUUCAAGAUAUGUCGCCUGCUUUUUCUGUCCAUGAGGAUUUGUCCACUGGCCAUUUGGCCUUAGAAGACGCUAUUUCUGCUAUGGAAGUUGCGCUUGCCCACCUCCGCCAGGCGGAGGGUCGGAUGACCGAGGCCUGA